CUCAAUCAGACCGUUACGAACGAAACACAAAAGAAACAAAACAAUCUUUGUGAGGAAGAAGACACCGUGCAAAAAAAAAAAAAUCGAGAUUUUGAUCACGUCAGUAAAUGGAGGAUACGAUUUCAAACCCAAGCAUGAUGGAACCUCUGUUAUUUCCCGUUGACGAUCCAAUGUCUCUCCUACUUUCUCAUUACUCCGAUAACAACAACAAUCUCUGCGGGUUCGUGAGAGGUCCCAGAUACGGAGAAUACGCAAGCCUACGAGAAUCGAAGCUUCGAUUGAAGCGAGAGUACGAGACGAUACUAAAGGAAGAAGAAGAGAGGUUCUUCGGCGGAGAGAAGAACAAGAAGCGGAAUCAAACGAGGUUUGGUUUCACAAGAGAAGAUGAAAUUAAGGUUUCGCCGGAGAAGAAGACGAGAUUUGGGUUUAAAUACAACCCUAAUCCGCGGAGACUGUCUUCGUCCUCGUCGUGUUCGUUGGCUCAGUCUGUUCCUGACUUCUCCGCCAUGAUCCGUAAGGAAAAUCGCCGGCCGGCUAACGCGAAUCUGCUCCCGCGGAGGACGGAUCUCACUCCGCCGCCGUCUAAGGGCAGGAACGGCGCCGUUUUCGGAUCGGUUUCUUCCGCUAGAGGAAGCAUGAGUGCAGGAGAGAAGACCAAAGGGAAGAUGGGGAUGAUGCGUAAGAGUUACGCUACCGUCGAAGGUUUGAAGAAAGUAUCAAUGGCUGCUGCUUCUGGCAUUAAUGGCGGCGGCGGUGGAGGAGGGAGGAAAUCAAUCGGCGGUGGUGGUCGGACUAUUCUAGGUUACAGACAAAUCUACUGAUCACUCUUUGUCACACAACUU